AACAUUUUAAAACUUUUUUACUUAAUUAUGAGACGGUUGAUGUUGAGGCUUGUCACUUGGGUCAGUGGUAGAGGCUCUAGUCUCACAUUUCACCUGCAGGAGCUGUAAAAUGUUAAUGCACUUGCCUUCAGUUGGUGCGUGUUCCUAAAUAAUGUAGUAAUUUUACCGUUUGUGUCAUGGUGUUCAAGCUCGAUCAAAUGUCAGCACAUCAAACAGAGGUCCGUCAGCUUAAAACCAACUCUUAUCCAGCUAUUGAAAUGUCAACCGCCGUUCAUUGACACAUUAUUUUUGCUCUUGGGUUAUUCAGGCAUCCUGGUGAGAAUGACUAUUACACCCAGUGUAAAGUCAAUAGAUUGACGAUAUACUUAGGGGGAAAGCUUCAUAGGGUUAAUUAAAUUUGCUUUGCACAGCUUCUGUAUGUGGUUACAGAACAUGCACAGCCCUUUGUGAUUGUGUUUUAGGUGUGUUGUGCACAGACUGAGUUACAGGAAGAGAAUAAUAGCAGAAACAUCAGAAAUCAGCAUUGUACAGUGGAACUAGUCAGUCUCGUUAACAAAAACAAAACCAAUCCUGAAAAACAAGAUGAGGAAAUCUGCUGCCAAAAACCGUGUCUCAAUACUUAAAGAGCGUGUCAUCACAGGAAGUUGCGGCUGCCUCUUUUCCUGUUCUUGUGGUCAAGUUUAAAGCGAGAAACACUUUCCUUCUGAGUUUUGGGGUCACACCCUUCUCGGGCCUGCUCCUCGGUGUCCGUUAGCAGCUGUCGGUGUGCAUGAGCGGAGGCGACAGGUGACGGAUUAGUGAGGGUGGAAGCAUCCAUGGAGGUUGCUGUGCUGUGAGCGACUCAUGGAGAGCGAGCCGGGUAUCGUGUCCCCGUUCAAGCGAGUCUUCCUGAAAGGAGAGAAGGGGAGGGACAAGAAGAGCCAGGAGAAAACCGCGGAGCGUAGGGCCCUGCACACCUUCUCUCUGUCUCAGCCCGACCACCGCAUCGACCCUGACAUCCUGCUGAAUGACUACAUUGAGAAGGAAGUCAAAUACUUGGGGCAGCUGACAUCAGUACCAGGAUACUUGAAUCCAUCAAGUAGGACAGAGGUCCUGCAGCUAAUUGACAAUGCUAGGAAGUCUCAUCAGCUGGCAGGCCAGCUGACGUCAGAGCAGGACGCCGUGGUGAGCCUCUCCGCGUACAACAUCAAGCUAGUUUGGCGAGAUGGCGAGGACAUCAUCUUGAGAGUGCCGAUUCAUGACAUCGCCGCUGUCUCGUACAUCAGGGACGACUCGCUUCACCUGGUGGUGAUAAAAAUGGCCCAGGAGUCUGGAGGGUCUCCCUGUCCCAGCUCGUGUCCCGACCUAAACAAAUCCCAGACUCUGAGCUCGCUGUCGGAGGGCGGAGCCGUGCUCGUGGAGGUCUGCUGUCUGCUCGUCCUGGCUGUCGACAACAAGCGGACAUCUUUUCUCCUCCAGGCUGCAGCGGAGGAGUUGUGUCUUCUGCUCAGCCACGUCUUUCAGAUCGUUUACACAGAAUCAACCAUAGACUUCCUAGACAGAGCUAUUUUUGAUGGGGCUACAACACCUACCAGAUACCCUUCUCUGCAUAGUGACGACUCUUCGUGCAGAGGAGACAUCAGCGAGACUCUGGAGGGAGACGCUUGCCCUUUUCCUUUCAAGAUGGCAGACGGGAACUCUCCAUCUGCGUCCGCCCCUGCGUCUCCUCAGGAGAAGACGGCGAGUGAAGGAGAGCUCAGCACCACCGCCGCAGAGCUGCUGCAGGACUACAUGACAACAUUGCGGACGAAGCUGUCCUCCCAGGAGAUCCAGCAGUUUGCUGCUCUGCUCCACGAGUACAGAAACGGUUCAUCCUUUCACGAGUUCUGCAUCAAUCUGAGAGUUCUCUACGGGGACAGCAGGAAGUUCCUCCUACUGGGUCUGCGUCCCUUCAUACCCGAGAAGGACAGCCAGCACUUUGAAAACUUCCUCGAGACGAUCGGGGUGAAGGACGGCCGGGGCAUCAUCACGGACAGCUUCGGCCGGUGCAAACGCGUGGCCAGCCCGGCGUCGGAUUCCAACGGCAACAGAGCGGCGGAAGGGAGCGGCGACACCACGGCGUCCGACGAGGGUCGGGAUGACUCGGAGGGCGACGAGUGGGACCGCAUGAUCACAGACAUCAGCAAUGACAUCGAAGCACUCGGCUGCAGCGUGGACCAGGAGGCUGUGACCCCCUGACACGUAGAAGUGAAGAUACGAAUACGGCACCGAUCCAAGAUCGGCUCCCAUGCGUAGUCCUCUGAUUGUGAAGAGGACGAUCCUAAACUCCACGUACACUCAGACCUCGCUGCGCUGCUGUUGAGACAACAAAUGCACUUAAGCGGAGAUGAGCGUUGGAAAUCGCUGGCUCGUUUAGCAUUUCAGAUGGAUUUCUAUCCCGACUUAUUUUUAAGAUGGUUUUAUAAUCGUUUACUGGCAGCAUCUGCCUCUGCCAUCUGUAAUGUAGCAACGGUCUGGGCUCGGUGCAGGAGCCUGGAGACGACACCUUUCUGUAGCUCUUCAGUCUCCUCCAUCACUUCCACGUGGAGUUGCAGUCAAAGUGUUUGUAUAAUUAUCGAUGUUCGGCUCGGUUUUUACACCAUCGUCUGUUAAUCAGUGUUUACUCCUUUGUGUGUGUGUGUGUGUGUGUGUGUGUGUGUGUGUGUGUGUGUGUGUGUGCGUGCGUGCGUGCGUGCGUGCGUGCGUGCGUGCGUGUGUGUGUGUGUGCGUGAGUGUGUGUGUGAGUGUGUGUGUGUGAGACAGAUCCAGGUCAUGGAUGGCUGAUGUACGUUUAUUUGAGUUUGAGUUUAUUUUUUACAUCAUCAUUCGAGUCAUUGUGAGGUUGUGCCUGUACCCUGCAGUACUACUAACAGACUGAUCGCUCAAAUGUGGUUAUUACAUAGUUAUUUACACGGACUCUGUUAGUUUUGCAGAAGUGCAUCAUGAAGUUGCAUAAAACACCUUUUUCCCUUA